GAUUCCCGUGUGCCCUCAAUUACAGUUCAGUUUCAGGAAUAGACUGAAGAAACCAUGGCAAAUCAACGGGAUUACAUUAGCAGACCUAUUUGCAAUGGAAUUUCUGUUCCUGAAAGUAAAAUCAAUUGCUUAGUGGCUGAAGGUCAUGGACAACAAAUUCUAAAAGUACUACAAAAGUUCAGAGAACAAAAUAUAUUUUUCGACUUUAAAAUUCUUGUGAAUGAUGAAAUAAUUCCUUGUCAUCGUUGCGUACUGGCAGCAUGCAGUGAUUUUUUCAGAGCCAUGUUUGAAGUUAAUAUGAAAGAACGAGAUGAUGGCAAUGUUACUAUUAGUAAUCUGUCAUCCAAGGCAGUGAAAGCUUUUCUUGAUUAUGCUUACACAGGAAAAACAGAGAUAACAAAUGAUAAUGUGGAAAUGCUCUUCCAACUGUCGUCAUUUCUUCAAGUUUCACUCCUUUCCAAAGCUUGCAGUGACUUUCUAAUAAAAAGUAUUGAUCUUGUGAAUUGCUUACAGCUGCUUUCUCUAUCAGAAAGUUACGGUUCUGUACGCUUGUUUGAUCAAGCGCUAGAUUUUGUACAGAACCACUUUUCAUUGCUGCUCAGAUCAAGCGAUUUUUUGGAGAUGAAUUUUGAAAUACUACAAAAAUGUCUCGAGGCUGAUGAACUAAAUGUCCCUGAGGAAGAAUCAGUGUUGAAAGCUGUCCUUCAAUGGACCAAACACAGCUUAGAAACACGACAGAAAUAUCUGCCUAAUUUGAUUAAAAAAGUGAGACUACACCAGUUACCUGAAAAGACUUUGCAGGACAUUCUACAUUCUGAAGAAUGUUUACUUAAGAGUGCUAAUUGCUCAGUAAUAAUCAAUGAUGCAGUUAAAAGUGUGCAAAACUUUAGUGGACUGUUUCCAGAUGCACGCCCUUCAACAACAGAGAAAUAUAUAUUUGUUCAUAAAACCGAUGAAGAUGGAGAAAACAGACACACAUUCUGCUACAACAUCAAAACAGAUAAAUGGAAAGAACUACCCCAUACUCACAUGAUUGAUCUUCCAGGGUCAAGUUUAUCUAGUUACGGAGAAAAGAUAUUUAUAACUGGAGGAUGCAAAGGGAAUUGUUACAGGACUGUCAGACUCCAUAUUGCUGAACCAUUCCAUGAUGCCACUGACCAAACCUGGUGCUACUGUCCAGUCAGCAAUGAAUUCUCCAUAGUGUCAGCUAUGAAAAAACCAAGGACAAUGCACACAUCUGUUGUAACCUUAAAUCAGCUGUUUGUAAUAGGUGGAAAGACCAGAGGAGCUCAAGAAACACGAAGUCUUUUGGAUGUAGAAUCCUAUAAUCCUCUUUCCAAAGACUGGAAAUCUGUAAGCCAGUUACCAAGAGGUAUCUACUACCCAGAAGCAAGUGCAUGUCAGAAUAUAAUUUAUGUCCUUGGCUCAGAAGUAGAGAUUACUGAUGCCUUUAAUCCUUCUCUUGACUGUUUCUUUAAGUAUAAUGCCAUGACUGAUCAGUGGUCCGAGCUUGUAGCAGAAUUUGGGCAGUUUUUCCAUGCAACUCUGAUCAAAGCCGUUCCAGUGAACUGUACAUUGUACAUAUGUGACCUCUCCACCUACAAGGUCUACAGUUUUUGCCCAGAAACCUGUGUUUGGAAAGGGGAGGGAUCUUUUGAAUGUGCUGGCUUCAAUGCAGGGGCAGUUGGGACAGAAGACAAAAUUUAUAUAUUAGGUGGUGAUUACGCUCCAGAAGAAAUCACAGAUGAAGUUCAAGUCUAUCACAGUAGUAGGUCUGAGUGGGAAGAAGUUUCACCAAUGCCAAGAGCCUUAACUGAGUUUUACUGUCAGGUCAUUCAGUUUAAUAAAUAUAGAGACCCCUGGUCAUCUGUACUGACAAUUUGCUCUGGAGAAUUUUGAAACUCCCGAGUCAAAAGAAUCUCUUGAAAUGCACAAGUUUUAGAACAGAUUUUUAGGUAUUAAUUUACAAAUGGAAAACCACAUACUGUUUUGUUUAAAUCUUCAGUCUAAAUUGUAUGCUAUAGAAUUGCUUUCAGAAGAGUCCAUUAAAUUGUCAUUCAUGCUAGUCCUAUAGAAAGUGUUACUUAGUUAAUUUUAUAUGCAGGUCUUCUCUGUAAUUAUAAAUAAUUUGCAAAGUGAUACUAC